GCAAAUAAAUCCAAGGUACAUAUGAUAUUUAUCUGAUAACAAAAUAUAAUGGUUUUCCAUCGAUUAUAUUUGAUUAAUUUUGCAAAGCAUAAUAAAAAAUGUAAAGUGAACCUUGACACGCAACGUUUGCAUGUUUGAUCACAAUAUAACUUUCUAGGUGCGAUAAAAUCAACAUAAUUCUGAUCAAACAACAGUAUAAAGCAAUUUAUAGUAGAAGAAACAUUGUCGGUACAUUAAGCAAAACAUUCUACAACAGUGAUCACCGAAAGAAUAUUAAGAAGUAAGCAUUCUAGCGUUUUUGCAUCAUGAUGUUAAACGUUUCCAGGGGAAAAGGACAUGCAGUGAAUAAAAUCAUAGUAGAUCAAGUAGAAGUCUUGAAGAAGAUAAAUGAUCAAUCAUUCAAUCGCUUUAACAUCGAAUCAUACGGCGAUCAAUCGACAGAAAAUACAAAACAAAUUGCCCGUCAUCACUUUUUGUUAGAAUAUCUGUAUGACAGUUCUCUGCACGGUGUGAAAUACUUUCGCAACUUACGAAUAAAAUCCACUACUCUCGGGAAGCUCUUCUGGACUUUAAUCAUGAUGUGCAGUUCUGCAUUUUUAUGUUGGAUGUUUUGGAAAACCUGGAUACGUUACAGUACUAAUCCAACUCGCACUGUUGUCGAAUCAUUUUACACCCCAGUAACUAUGGUUCCUUUCCCAGCUAUUACUGUUUGUCCUUUAAUAUAUCCGCUACUUGCAAGACGUGAAAAAGUAUUGCAAAGUUUGCAGUUGCCACCCAACAUGGAUAACAAAACGGCAAUGUUCCUACUCAAAUAUGGACUUUCAUUUACGAAAGAACAUGUUUUCAAUGGUAGAAGAUAUUUAAAAGAUUUGCAAGCACUGUUAAAAAUAAACAAUAUAACAUUAUUAAAUUUCUUAAAACUUUUGCUAUCUUGUGACGACUUAUUUGAAUCCUGUUGGUGGGAUGGCGCUGCAAAAAAUUGUAGCGAAUUGUUUAAAUUAUCUUACACUAACUCAGGUAUAUGUUGUUCCUUUAACUAUCUUCUCGAAAAUGACAUACAAACCGGCAGAAGCACAAAGGAUUCUGAUCUUCUUAGAUCUAUGUUGUUUGGACCAAGAACUGGUCUUAUUGCUGUCGUAAAACGAAACUUGAUAGUUACUGAUGAUGGCAUUGGAGAUAAAUCCAUCAGAUUUUCAACAAAUUCCAUCGGUCUUUUGAUAUAUACUCAUCAUCCUUUGGAAUAUGUCGGACCCAUAGCUACUAGACAAAUUUUACAAGCAAACCAAGAAUUGCGGAUUGCAGUAAUUCCAUUUAGCAAGCAAAAGAUUGCCGGAUACUAUCGAAAUAAUCGCGGUGAAUUAGUACCGCAUUGCGCAGAUGAAGAAACUAAGUUGAAAUAUUUUCCUACAUAUCGAUAUUCAAACUGUUUUACUAGCUGCUCUAUCGAUGCUGUUCAACGAAUCUGCGAUUGCUUGCCAUAUUACUACACACCCAUAGCGAAUAAAUAUUCUUUAAGAAUCUGCGAAUGGAAAGAUUUCGAAUGCCUUAUCGCGAACAUAGAUCGUAUAUGGAUCAUUCAUAAUACCGUCGAAAAAAACUUCACGUGUCAAUGUCGAAAUCCAUGCUGGAAUGUGUAUUAUGAAACGCGAACUUCCUCGCUUUUACUAAAUGGUGUUCAUGAUUUCAAUAUUUUGCCGUUUUACUUGAAUCUUACAAAAACACAAGCUGUUUUAAGAGUAUAUUUGAAUUCUGAAAUAUUUAGCCAAAUGAAUACAAUACCGAUUGCCGAUGAAUUAUAUUUAUUAGGUAAACGAUUGUUUCUAUUGACAUAUAAUAUAAAUUGUUUUAAAGUCUUAAUAAAAUUUUUUUUUUCAGCGUCCGUGGGUGGCAUAUUUAGUCUUUGCUUGGGAGCCAGUUUUAUAAGUGCCGUGGAAAUUUUUUACUUUAUCGAAUUAUUCUUUCGUUCUUAUUAUAAGGAAAAGAAAUCGAAAUAA